AUGGGGGAGGAGAGAGGGGGAGAGGGAGCAGAGAAGUUGUUGUUGCCACUUGCAGUCUGUCUUAACAGCAGAUUUGUAAAGGGACGUCCAAGGAAGCUCUGCAAGCAGGACAACCAUGACUUCCUGUUGGAGGUGACCAGCUACAGUGAUGUCACAAGGAGCGUCUGGACCUAUCAGGAGAGCCUAACUCACACUCCGAGCCCUGACUGGGAAUUCAAUAUCUGUGACUCUGACACGGUACACAGCAGUCAGGAGGACCUGUGGGACUUCCUGCCAGACCCAGGGAGAAGUGGCUCUAGUACCCCAGCAGGCUGCUGUGUCACGGGGCCAGAGAUGACCCGGGUGGACCCCUCUCCCCACAGACCACCGCGCAGCUCACUGAUGGAGGAGAGAGGUCGGGAGAGGUUCAGGCGACCCUCAGGAUCAAGAGGAGCAGAUGGCUACUUCUCUCCAGACAGGAAAGCCUUAUUUGAUGGUGGUCCCCAGGCUCAGGUGGAGGGUGUAUCCAAACGGCCUUACCGGCACUAUGAGAGGGGCCAUCCGCUCCCCAACAACCACAGCCCAGAACCCAAAGCCUCCAUCCCCUACCGGAAUGUGAAUCUCGGAAUUCCCUCCCAGAGGAGAAGCGAUGAAACGUUCCAGCAGGAGACCUGGAGAAGUGAGUCUCCGCAGAGAUACACCUGUCAUUCCAACUUCAGACGUGGUGGCACUGAUUCUCAAGAUCAGUCUCCUAGCCCUCGCUCCCCAUGCCCAAACCGGUAUAAACUUGCUGAAUCUCGAUCUGCAUCCUCCCAACGUAGAAGCUCCCACUCCAAAAGUCGCACUCCUUCUCACGCUCCAUCUAACUCAUCUCGCUCCUUGUCUCGCCAUCCGUCAGGACGGUCCAGUCCCUCUCACAGACGAGGUUCUGUCGUGUCUCGCCACCCAUCCCCGUCUCGAAACCCGGCCUCCUACAAACACACUGACUCCUCCCACGUAAGAAAUGGUAAAACAGAGCAUUACGCCAAUGGGCGUGAUCAAGAUUCAAGAGAGUCAAGAGAGUCAAGAGAGCCAAGAGAAUCAAGAGAGUCAAGAGGAUCAAGAGGAUCAAGAGAGCCAAGAGAGUCAAGAGAGCCAAGAGACUCAAGAAAGCCAAGAGACCUUGCAGCCAAACUCCUACGAAGGGUCUCGAAGCCCCCGGCCCAGAACAGAUAA